GGCGCAUCGGCGCGUUGUUACGUCAUUCCUGCGCGCCGGAACAGUAACUUGCGUGCUGCACACUGACCUUCCAUGUAGCGGAAUUAAGGAUGAUGUUAAGGGGACUUCUUUUAACGUGCGGGAGGGGAACUGGGAUAAGGCUACUCUCUUCGCUGUCCUCUGAAUCAGCCAUCCCCCCUAACCUCAUUCUUCCUCCCAAUUUAAAGGACGGCCCUGCAAAAAUCCAGCGGCCUCCGGUAGAUCUGUCUCAACCUGUUGUUCGAAAAUGCAGCAUCCCUGUCUCUUCCCAUCUGUCUCCUAAACCAGUUUGGCUGGAGUCCCUGAAACCUCUCGAAGAUCAAAAGCCAGGACUGGUCCAUCUGCAUCCAGAUGUGUUUGCAGUACCUCCCAGGAUUGAUAUUCUACAUCAAGUCAUAACAUGGCAGAAAAACUUCAAACGGAUUAGUUAUGCCAAGGUGAAGACAAGGGCAGAAGUCAGGGGUGGAGGGAGGAAACCCUGGCAACAGAAGGGUAGCGGUCGUGCCCGUCAGGGCAGCAUCAGGUCGCCGCUAUGGAAAGGAGGUGGUGUAUCUCAUGGUCCCAGAGGCCCUACCAGCUACUACUAUAUGCUACCCAUGAAGGUUCGGGUGCUAGGACUGAAGAUGGCAUUGACCACAAAGCUAGCUCAGGAUGAUCUUCAUGUAAUUGACUCACUGGAGAUUUCCUCUGCGGAUCCUGAGUAUCUCGUCGAUUUGGUUAACCAGCGGCACUGGGGAGAGUCUGUUCUGAUUGUUGAUGCGCAUGAAGAUAUGCCAGAAAACAUUCUCAAUGCUACCAGCAAUUUAAAGAAAAUUAAUUUAAUUCCAGCCGUAGGCUUGAAUGUUUACAGCAUGUUGAAACACGAUACCGUACUGUUAACCGUCAGCGCCGUGGAUUUCCUCGAAGAGAAGUUACUGUGGCACGAUUCCCGUUACGCGAUGCUUUAUCCCUUCCACUUACCGUACAGCGACUUCCCUUGAAGAGAGCUGGGGGUUUGGGGGGUAGAUUAUAGUUCGCUUCCCGCCAUUUGCAGAAAUUCACCCUUUUUCCCAUUUUGUAUAUAAUAAAAAAAAUAUUAAAUCUCAACAUGUUAUG